GCAAGGGGAAACGACCGAGAAGUCCAGGAUCCACGCAGUCGGCCAUGUCUGGAGGGCACACCACGCGAGUGCUCCUCCUCCCAUGUGUUCCCCCGAAGUACGAAGUAAAUAAAUGACGUAUUGGCAGAAGUGGGUCAAAGGAAUGUGUGGUUGGUGCCGGGAAAAGAGGAGAGAGAGCGCGAAGGAGGCCUAGCAGAGCUGGCUUGCAUCACGUAAGCCACGCGUUGGAUCAUCCCAUCCUGAAUGAAUCUUCCUCUCUCGCAGUGCCCGUUCAAUGAGUCGAGCGGAGUUGGAGGAAUGGGAUUGGGAUUGGAAGCCCAUGAUGAUGGAAGCAGACCCGUGGGCCUAUUCCAUAAUCGGUGCUCUGAUUGUGGGUCUCUCUGGUGUUGCCCCUAUCCUGUUCAUCUCCAUUCCUGCUAUUCCGGACUCCAAGAAAUCCACCGGAGAUGCACCCGUGUUCGGUAGAACCCUGAAGUUGCUGCUGAGUUUUGGGGUUGGGGGACUUCUCGGUGAUGUCUUCUUACAUCUCUUGCCCGAAAUCUGGAGCACCAUGAACUUGAAUAAGCACGAGGAGCACAAGGAAGUGGGGAUGUGGGUGAUAGCUGGGAUGCUCUCUUUCGUCUGCCUUCAAAUGCUUCUCUCCCAUUGUCCUAUAGAGGCUUCUAACUCUCUCAAUGACUGUGAUAUCCGCCGACAGAUCCAAAGACACGUGACGGGUUAUUUGAAUCUCCUGGCGAACAGCAUCGAUAAUUUCGCACAUGGACUGGCAGUUGCAGGCAGCUUCCUAGUCAGCACGAAAGUUGGGCUUGCCACUACAUUUGCCAUUCUCGUCCAUGAAGUUCCCCAUGAGGUGGGUGAUUUUGCAAUCCUGAUGAGAGCGGGGUUCACUCGUUGGGAUGCAGCCAGGGCACAGCUCCUCACGGCUUGCAUAGGGAUUAUGGGGGCUCUGGCCGCCCUCUCUAUUGGAUCCGACAAGGCCGAGAGAGGGGCGUGGUGGAUCUUGCCGUUCACAUCGGGAGGAUUCCUCACCGUGGCUUUGGUCAAUGUCCUUCCAGAUCUCCUCAAGGAAUCCACUGACCUUUGGGAGGCCAUCAAGGACUUCUCCGCUUUACUCUUCGGCAUUCUAGCUAUGGCGCUUGUCACUCGUUGCCUCGAUAUCUCCCCGACAUGAGGAGAAAUAAUAAAAUUAUACUUUUAUCCCCC